AUGGGAAAGCAACUAAAUGGAGAUUUUAUAUCCAAAGCGUCUGAUAGGUUUUGGCUCGGGGUUCUUGAAAUUUGGCUCCAAAAAAGGGGAAUUGAUGCUUUUAUCAGUUGGUAUCAGGGAACUGCAUGUAGUGGAUAUUGCUUGAUUGCUUUAUCAAUUGAGUAUGACAAAUUUUGCUUCAUGCAGUUGGCUGUGUACCUUCAACUUUAUGCUGGCAUGGCAGACAACCUUUCCAAAGAGAUAAUUCCUCCCAUCUUCAUGCAAAAGAAAAUCUCAAGGCCAAAUGUUGUACUUGCUAUAAACAUGUUCUUAGUCACCAACCAAACCAUGCGUUGUUCUUCACAGUUGUUCCCUGCCAUGUUUGGGAUGUUUGUGUACAAAGCUGCUCUUGUUCAAGCGCUUAGAGAUAAUGAGGACUGCAAUACUUGUCUUCCCAGAAAAUACGAAGGUUCAAGUGACUGA